GUGAUCUCAAGCCACGAUCUCUCCGCUGUCCUCUGUCCCGGGCCGGGUUGGUGAUCAGUCGCUUCGCUCCAGAACCAGGAAAUGGGCGCACUCGGGCAGAGGAGGCUUGGGGAGCCCCGCAGCCUCUGUGCGCUGCUCUGCCGCCGGGGUGUCUCGCUUGCUCGCUAAGGGGAGCAUUGGAAGCUAACUGUAGUCAGACAGUCCAUCAACAGGUAGAAGGAGAGGUAGAAGAUGAACAAGCCAUUGACACCAUCGACGUACGUACGCAGCCUUAAUGUGGGGAUCCUUAGGAAGCUGUCGGAUUUUAUUGAUCCUCAAGAAGGGUGGAAGAAAUUAGCAGUAGCUAUCAAAAAGCCGUCCGGCGACGACAGAUACAAUCAGUUCCAUAUAAGGAGAUUCGAAGCCUUACUUCAGACCGGAAAGAGCCCCACCUGUGAACUGCUGUUUGACUGGGGCACCACGAACUGCACAGUUGGCGACCUCGUGGAUCUACUGGUCCAGAUUGAGCUGUUUGCCCCCGCCACUCUCCUGCUGCCAGAUGCCGUUCCCCAAACCGUCAAAAGCCUGCCUCCUAGAGAAGCGGCAACAGUGGCACAGACACACCAGCCUUGUCAGGAAAAGGACAGGACAUCCGUAAUGCCUAUGCCGAAGCUAGAACACAGCUGCGAGCCACCGGACUCCUCAAGCCCAGACAACAGAAGUGUUGAGUCCAGCGACACUCGGUUCCACAGCUUCUCGUUCCAUGAACUGAAGAGCAUCACAAACAACUUCGACGAGCGACCCGAGUCCGCCGGAGGCAACCGGAUGGGAGAGGGGGGAUUUGGAGUGGUGUACAAGGGCUGUGUGAACAACACCACCGUGGCGGUGAAGAAGCUCGGAGCGAUGGUUGAAAUCAGUACUGAAGAACUAAAGCAACAGUUUGAUCAAGAAAUUAAAGUAAUGGCAAAGUGUCAGCACGAGAACCUGGUGGAGCUGCUCGGCUUCUCCAGCGACAGCGACAACCUGUGCUUAGUGUACGCUUACAUGCCCAACGGGUCCUUGCUGGACAGACUGUCCUGCCUGGAUGGUACUCCACCGCUUUCGUGGCACACGAGAUGCCAGGUUGCUCAGGGGACAGCAAAUGGCAUCAGGUUUCUGCAUGAAAAUCAUCACAUUCAUAGAGAUAUUAAAAGUGCAAAUAUCUUACUAGACAAAGACUUUACUGCCAAAAUAUCUGACUUUGGGCUUGCACGGGCUUCGGCAAGGCUAGCACAGACGGUCAUGACCAGCCGCAUCGUGGGCACAACGGCUUAUAUGGCACCAGAAGCUUUGCGGGGAGAAAUAACACCCAAAUCUGACAUCUACAGCUUCGGCGUGGUUCUGUUGGAGCUGAUAACCGGACUGGCGGCUGUGGAUGAAAACCGUGAACCUCAACUACUGCUGGAUAUUAAAGAAGAGAUUGAAGAUGAAGAGAAGACGAUUGAAGACUACACCGAUGAGAAGAUGAGCGAUGCGGACCCUGCUUCGGUGGAAGCUAUGUACUCGGCUGCUAGCCAGUGUCUGCAUGAGAAGAAAAACAGACGGCCAGACAUUGCAAAGGUUCAACAGCUGCUACAAGAGAUGUCUGCUUAAAACUAAUAAAGUAAACAUCUUUUUUUUUUUUUAACUUCUCGUGGACCUGGAGACCAGAAAAGCACUUUGACACUGAGCUGCAUCACCUACCUGUUGUUUGCAUCUGUUUUUGUUUUCCUAAACGUGCUUUAACAUGGCAGCAUAGUGCAAUGUACUGGUUAGUUAAUAGAUGCGUUGGCACUGCAGCCAAAGUGAUGGUUGCAUGGUAGCACGUGGCCCCGCCCACCUAGUAUGGGGCUCAUGCUCCACAACAAUAUCACCAAACUAUAGUGAACUUAAGAUUCAGGAAAACAGCACUGUGCUAUACAGAGACAAUGGGGUUGUUUGGGGGUUGGGGGGAGUGAGACACGGUGUCUCUGUGUAGCCCUGGAUGUCCUGGAACUUGCUCUGUACACCAGGCUGGCCUUGAACUCAGCAAUCUGCCUGUCUCUGCCUAGUGUGUGUUGGGAUUAAAGGUGUGUGCCACUCCUGUAAAGCUUUGGACCAGCUCUUAGCUGCCUUAAGCCUUAGUGUUGGCUUUUGAUUUUGGGUAGGAACUUCAUGCUCCUGUAAAUAGCUCCUCACCUAGGUUCCUGUAAGGAACCUCUCUCCACUGCUCCUGUAACCCUAACUAAACUCAUUGGUUCAACAAUGUAGACAUGAGUGGAAUCUA